AUGGUACAAUUUGGAGAUUUUAGAGAUAUUUGUGAGAUGGUUGCUUUAACUGUUUGUCCACUAGUUGGAGCAGUGGAAGGUAUAGAACCAACCUGUUAUUCAAGAAAUGUGGAAAUCGUUAAAACACUUAUUUUUCAACCAGCCACUAUCAUUAUUAAUAUAAUUGCAUUGGUUAUGACUUCUAUUAUGAUAUAUCAUAUAAAAUCAAAAUAUACAGCUGUUGGUCGUAAGGAAAUUGUAAUGUUUUUCUAUUUAUAUAUGAUGGUUACAUUCUUGGAAUUUUUAUUAGUUUCAGGAAUUAUUCCAACAGCAUCACCAACAUACCCUUAUUUUACUGCAGCACAUGUAAGUCUUAUAACUACAACUUUUUGGUGUUUAUUAUUGAAUGGAUUUGUUGGGUUUCAAUUUGCAGAAGAUGGUACUCCAUUAUCGCUUUGGUCAAUUCGUAUUUCUUCAUUGGUUGUAUUUGGUGCAGUAUAUUUCAUAAGCAUUGCAACAUUCAAUGGCAUAGCUGGAUUCAGUCCAUUGAGCCCAGUAGCAUUAUGGAUCAUCUUAUAUGUGUUUAAUGGGGCAGCAUUAGUGAUAUAUGUAGUUUUACAAAUUGUUUUGGUGUUGAAUACACUUGAUGAUAGAUGGCCACUUG